AUGGCUCCAAAACACAACAAUAUGAUACACAACAACCACUUCCACAAACAGUGGCAAAACUAUGUGAGGACAUGGUUUGAUCAGCCUGGACGUAAGAAGCGCAGACGUGUUGCUCGUCAGAAGAGGGCUCUUCAGAUUGCUCCCCGACCUGUUGCUGGUGCUCUUCGACCUAUUGUCCGAUGUCCAACCUUCAAGUACAACACCAAGAUAAGGGCUGGUCGAGGCUUUACUCUGGAGGAGCUGAAGGUAGGCUUCUGUUUUAUUGUCAUGCCUAAGUUCUGUACAUGUGAAAACAGAUUGGACGUAUCUCGGUAUGCUGAAGUCACAGAAAUAGAUGCUGUAAACUUCCACUUAUAAGCACCCCCCCCCCCCCCCCUUCCCUUAGUUAUAGGCCAAUCUAGCUGUGAACAGACAAAAAAAUGUCUGGUUAACCCCCUCCUCCGCUCUAAAAUGUAUCAGCAUGAAAUCUAUUUACUACGUACUGUUUAAAAAAUGAGCAGGAGUGUACUAUGUUUGGGGGGACAAGUUUUGACCAAAUUUUCUGCACAACUUUCAGCAUUUUUUAGCAUGAUCGAUUAUCACAAGGCUUAAUAUUUUCACAAUCAAUCAUCAGCAAUUAUCGAUGAUCAGCAUAGGAGUCUUGAAAAUUUCCAGAAUAUUAUCCCAAGCAUAAUUAAGUGAAGUAAACUAUCAAGGCAUAAUUAUCAUGAGCAGGGAUGUAGCGAAUAGUCAGUUGUUGGCUAAUUUCACUGGCUGAAUAUAUGGAGUACUGUUGAAGGUGCACAAAUUGUGUUGGCUUGGCUUUAAUUAAAAAACCUACUUAUCUUAAAGUAACCAUCCAUCCCACUAAUAAUGUCUGUUAAUUUCUACAUGGAUUAGUAUUCUUUUUUCAGAGGUAUUAGCUUCUGGUUUGCCCUGUUUUGUUAUCCUUAUUUAUUCUUUUUUUUGUCUCAAGGUUUAUUUUUUGGGGGAUUGAAAUGACAGAUCUGUCAAAUGUUUACAUGACACUGUGUUUUCAUUUCAGACUGCUGGUAUCUCACGCAAAGUUGCUCCCACAAUCGGUAUUGCAGUUGAUCAUAGGAGGAAAAACAGAUCAGCUGAAUCCCUUCAAGCUAAUGUUCAAAGGUUGAAGGAGUACAAGAGCAAACUAAUUGUCUUCCCAAGGAAGGCUAGCAAGCCCAAGCAGGGAGACAGUGAGGUAUGUAUUGAGCAAUUGCAAUCCAUUUCAAUCUUGUCCCGUUUGUUUGCCUGCUCCCCCUUUUGUAUUAAUUUCCUGUGGUAUUUAUACCUUCUUUUCAUAUUUUUUAUGUUGUACUCAGUUUAGUGGCAGUUCCCAUGGUUUGAACUUUGAUUAUUUUCAUGACACAUCUUCUUUAAGACCUUUUCUCAGUUGAUGGUAGCAUUGGGUCCAGUGAUGUUAAGCUGUUAGCCUUGUCUCCUUCAGACCACUCUUCAGUUUAAAGAAGGCUUAAAAGAACCCAGACUGCUGUUCUAUGAUGUUUAAUGUUGUUCAAAUUGUGUUGUAUUUACUUAAUUGAAGGAGUGUCCAGAUCCAAGUAGUGCUUCUGAUUGCUCAUUCCAUAAAGGAAAUCCAAUCAAAAGCUCUACCCAGGUCUGGUUAUUAGUGCUACUGAUUGGUCAUGCUGUGAGGGAAAUUUGCUUCAACCAAUCAGAAGCAUUACCUAGAUUUGGGUAGCGGCAUGUCAUCAGUGUGGCAUUCCUGCUGAGGCACUUUAUCAGGAAUAGAGCCUAUUCAAGGACAGUGAAUGACUCGGAAGUGAGCAGAUUGAAGUAAUGUGUCCUUGUUCUUUGCUUUACUUUAGCCUGCUGAACUUUCCAAUGCCAAGCAACUGCAAGGUCCUGUUAUACCCAUCCAACCAUCACGCCUGCCAAUCAAGGCUCGCAAGAUCACAGAUGAGGAGAAGAAUACCAGUGUGUUCAAGAGCAUGCGUAUUGCACGUGCUAAUGCCAGGCUGAUUGGCAUCAGAGAGAAGAGAGCAAAGGAACAAGCCGAGCAAGAUGCUAUUAAGAAGAAAUAA